AUGGCGACCCCAGGCUACACAGAAGAGCUCCAGCCGCCACGCACCUCCCGCUCCACGCCAACCCAGUUCAACCAGUCAGUGUCCAUCGUCUCCACAGCCGGACAGGACAAACUUCCUGCUCAAGCCACGCCCACCAAGGCCCAGAAGACAGUGGUUAUUGCCUCUCCUUCUCAGACUCCGUUUGUUACCGCGGAGAUCCAGAGUUCUGCCGUUCAGCAGAGUAACGGACAAUGUUCCACACCGCAGUACAUCGUAGUGACCGUUACAGAUGGCUCUCUCCAUUCUAGUGACAGUGUAUCAGACUCCAGUCCUCCAGUAGUAGUGGUUCAGACAGGGGUCUCCACCCAGGUAGUACAGCAGACCACCCAACAGGUGCAGCAGCAUGUUUACUCCAGUCAGUAUGUGGAGGGAGAGGACUCUUCUUACACCACCUCUACCAUUCGUUCUGGCAGCUACCCGUACUCCGACUCCCCCCUCUACUCCCAGACCCCUCCAUCUUCCUCCUCUUCCUACUACGAGUCCACGCCCACCUCGGGGUCACAGGUCACUAACUCCGUGACUUCACAGUCGGUCUCCGUCACCGCGGCAACGGGAGGAGGUGGGAGUGGUUACGUCAUCCAGGGCGGACACGUAUUGGGAGGUGGGGACUACUCCAGUCACAACACCAGAGCAGCCCCCGCCACAGUACAAUGGCUGCUGGAUAACUACGAGGGUGCAGAGGGGGUCAGUCUGCCGCGCUGUACCCUCUACUGCCACUACCUCUUACACUGUCAGGAUCACAAGCUAGAACCUGUCAACGCUGCCUCCUUCGGCAAACUCAUCAGAUCUGUCUUCAUGGGGCUGAGGACCAGACGCCUGGGCACACGAGGGAACUCGAAGUACCACUACUAUGGUCUUCGUAUCAAGGCCACCUCCUCUCUGCUCCGUCUGAUAGACGACCACCAGCACCUCGCCUUGAGACAGCAACCCUUCUCUCAGAAACACAGGGUAAAGCCGGUUCUGAAGGUGGAGGGCAUGUCCAAUGGGAUGUCUCUGGGGGCGGGGCAGCAGCAGGGGGCGGGGCUCAGUGACAUCUCAGCUCAAGUGCAACAAUAUCAGCAGUUCCUGGACGCGUCACGGGCGCUGCCUGAGUUCCCAGAGUUGGAUCUGCAGGACAGACCUCUUCCUGAUGGGAUCGUUCCAGAACACGUCGCAGCCUUCCAACAGCUCUACAGGGAACACUGUGAGGCCAUUCUGGAUGUGAUGGUGAACCUGCAGUUCACUCUGGUGGAGACGCUGUGGAAAACCUUCUGGAGGUUCAGCGAGAGCAUCGACGCAGACACACUCAGCGUUCAUGGUGAGUCAGAGGAGCGUCUGCCUAAGUGGUACCUUGUGGUGCUGUGUAAGUACCAGCCAGUUGUUCACUGGACCAGAGACUGUGACAACACACUGUACCAGACCCUGGUGGAGAUCCUUAUCCCUGACGUAUUACGACCCAUCCCCAGUGCCUUAACUCAAGCCAUCCGUAACUUUGCCAAGAGUCUAGAGAGCUGGCUGACAAGCGCCAUGAUGAACAUACCAGAGGAGAUGGUCCGCAUGAAGGUGAUGUGUGCCGGAGCGUUUGCCCAGACGCUGCGUCGCUACACCAGUCUAAACCACCUGGCCCAGGCAGCCAGGGCCGUCCUCCAGAACACCGCCCAGAUCAAUCAGAUGCUGAGUGACCUCAACAGAGUUGACUUCACUAACGUGCAGGAACAGGCGUCGUGGGUGUGUGGUUGUGAGGAUGCUGUGAUCCAGAGGUUGGAGCAGGACUUCAAGCAGACGCUACAACAACAUAACUCUCUGGAGCAGUGGGCUGCCUGGCUGGACGGCGUGGUCUCCCAGGUCCUAAAGCCCUACCCACACAGCCCUGCAGCCUUCCCUCAGGCUGCCAAGCUCUUCCUGCUGCGGUGGAGCUUCUACAGUUCCAUGGUGAUUAGAGACCUGACUCUGCGUAGUGCUGCCAGCUUCGGAUCCUUCCACCUGAUCAGACUGCUGUAUGAUGAGUACAUGUACUACCUGGUAGAACACAGAGUGGCCCAGGCUAAAGGAGAGACACCCAUCGCUGUCAUGGGAGAGUUUGCCAGUGUGGGCAGGAGUCUGAACUGUCAGGACCCUGAUAAAGAUGAGGAAGAGGAGGAGGAGGAGAGUGAUGAAGAGGGGGUAGAGAUGACCGUGCCGUCUAACUCCGCUGGUCUGGGAGAGGGGGAGGAGUCCCUGGAGCCGCCCGUCAAGCUAGCCAGGACUGACCCCCGGGGACUGUUCAAUACCACACACACAGAGUGACUCACACACACCCAACACGCACACUGACAACUGAAACACACGCUCUCGACUUAGCCGUUGGCUAACAUGACACACACACACCCUCAACAACACACACACCCUCAACAACACACACCCUCAACAACACACACCCUCAACAACACACUCAUCCUUUGCCUUAAUGAUAGUUUGCUAUGAGCCCAUUUGUGAUCCCAAUGCCAUUAAGUUCCUUAUCUGUUCCUGCAACCUCACACACCCUGUCUGUCUGCACCUUGAUCUCUCGUGUGUGUGUAAGCGAAGGAGAGGUUUCACAGCUUACCUUUUCAUCUCUUUUAGUUAUCAUGGUUCCUCAUCACCUUCAUUGUGACAUAAGGGACAGUGACCUCUUCACUAGACACACUGGUCCUUCAUUGUGACAUAAGAGACGGUGACCUCUUCACUAGACACACUGGUCCUUCAUUGUGACAUAAGAGACGGUGACCUCUUCACUAGACACACUGGUCCUUCAUUGUGACAUAAGACGGUGACCCCUUCACUAGACAGGGUAACAGUCUGUUCCAGAUUUGACCAACUUAUCCCACUAAUUAACUUUACCACUAGCUUGGCAACUUGUUGUUGGAUGCAGAAACAGUCUUGUACGAAUACCGUGGCUGAGAUUCAAUCUGAGGUGUGUUGUAGCACCCUUAACAUUUAAAGGUAAUACCUGACUGAGCUGACAUAUGCAACAUUUACCGUGAAGACGCUGAGGAACACUGCCUUUAAAUGGGGCACUGUCAGAGGUCUACAACGUACCUCUGACUGAAUCCAGACCUAUAUGUCCCUGUCAGAGGUCUACAACGUACCUCUGACUGAAUCCAAACCUAUAUGUCACUGUCAACAGAGGUCUACAACGUACCUCUGACUGAAUCCCUUCCUAUAUGUCCGUCAGAGGUCUACAACGUACCUCUGACUUAAUCCCUUUCUAUAUGUCCGUCAACAGAGGUCUACAACGUACCUCUGACUGAAUCCCUUUCUAUAUGUCCCUGUCAACAGAGGUCUACAACGUACCUCUGACUUAAUCCAGACCUAUAUGUCCCUGUCAGAGGUCUACAACGUACCUCUGACUUAAUCCAGACCUAUAUGUCCCUGUCAGAGGUCUACAACGUACCUCUGACUUAAUCCAGACCUAUAUGUCCCUGUCAGAGGUCUACAACGUACCUCUGACUUAAUCCAGACCUAUAUGUCCCUGUCAGAGGUCUACAACGUACCUCUGACUUAAUCCAGACCUAUAUGUCCCUGUCAGAUGUCUACAACGUACCUCCGACUGAAUCCAGACCUAUAUGUCCCUGUCAACAGAGGUCUACAACGUACCUCUGACUGAAUCCCUUUCUAUAUGUCCCUGUCAACAGAGGUCUACAACGUACCUCUGACUUAAUCCAGACCUAUAUGUCCCUGUCAGAUGUCUACAACGUACCUCCGACUGAAUCCAGACCUAUAUGUCCCUGUCAACAGAGGUCUACAACGUACCUCUGACUGAAUCCAGACCUAUAUGUCCCUGUCAGAUGUCUACAACGUACCUCCGACUGAAUCCAGACCUAUAUGUCACUGUCAACAGAGGUCUACAAUGUGAAUCCAGACCUAUAUGUCCCUGUCAACAGAGGUCUACAACGUACCUCUGACUGAAACCAGACCUUCAGUACCAGUCAGUAGUUUGGAUUCAUUCCAGGGUUUUUCUUUAUUUUUCUACAUUGUAGAAUAACAGUGAUGACAUCAAACUAUGAAAUAACACAUAUGGAAUCAUGUAGUAACCCAAAAU